CUCUUCCACACGUCUGUCAGAAACCCUCCAUUUCCGGUCUGUCCCGUUGCUAAGGAACAGUUCAAGCCCUAACGUCCGUCCGCUGGACAGAAGCUAGCUCGAUGCUCUCUUUUCUACUAUUUUAGGAGAACAAACGUAUAUUGAUCAUCAAUAAAACAACUCGUUUGAAGCCAUGACGGCUAUAAAAGACGGAGAGCACACGGCUACGAUCUACAAACUGAUUAAAGAAAGCCAGUAUGUGGAAGCUAUUCACAUCCUGAACGGACAACUUCAGAAACACACAAAGUCCCGGGCGGCGCUGUCUCUUCUGGGUUUCUGCUACUAUCACAUCCAGGAUUUCACCAACUCUGCAGAUUGCUACGAGCAGCUGGCCCAGCUGCACCCGGAGGUGGAGGAGUACAAGGUGUACUACGCCCAGUCCCUCUACAAAGCCGGGGCCUACCCCGAGGCCACGCGGGCCUCCUUCGCGCUGGACAACCCCAGCAGUCACGUGAAGAUGCUGAAGCUGCAAGCCUGUGUCAAAUACUGCGAGGAGGAUUACUCGGCCGCCAAGUCGCUGCUGGAGCAGCUGCCCCAGGAGGACCCGGACUACGGCUACAACGUGGGCUGCCUGCUCUACCAGGACGGCAAGCACGAGGAGGCCUGCAAGAAGUUCUCGUCUGCCAUGCAAGUGCUGGGAUACGUGCCAGCGCUGUCCUACAACAUCGCCCUGUGCCACUACAGCCUGAAGAACUACCCUCAGGCCCUCAAGUACAUCGGGGAGAUCAUCGAGCAGGGCAUCCGGGAGCACCCAGUGAAAGGAGCUCAGGAGGCUUUGACCGACAUGCCCCCCCGAUCAGAGGAGGAGCUGGACCCAGUGACCCUCCACAACCAGGCCCUGGUGAACAUGCACAGCAGGCCCUCUGAGGGGUUCAAGAAGCUCUCCUUCCUGCUGCAGCAGCCCUCCUUCCCCCCCGUCACCUUCGGGAACCUGCUGCUGCUCUACUGCAGGCACGAGUACUUCGACCUGGCCGCUGACGUCCUGGCAGAAAAAGCUCAUCUCACCUACAAGUUCCUCUCACCGGUACGAGUCACCGUUCAUGUCGAUGCCUCUCUGACGUGCCCCACAGCACCGGAGGAGGCCUUCAGGAAGUUUGACGAGAUGAACGGAAAACUGACGGAGCAGCUGAGGAAGCAGGCCAAGCAGGUGCAGGAGGCCCGGCUGGCUCGAGACGACGAGGCCCAGAAGAAAACUCUGCUGGAGAACGACCUGAUGCAGGAGAAGUACAUCGUGGUCCUGAUGGCCCAGGCCAAGAUCUACUGGAACCGGGACAACUUCCAGAUGGUGGAGAAGAUCUUCCGCAAGUCGGUGGAGGUGUGCAACGAGGACGACACGUGGAAGCUGAACGUGGCCCACGUGCUCUUCGUGCAGAGCAAGUACAAGGAGGCCAUCGGCUUCUACGAGCCCAUCGUGAAGAAGCACUACGACAACGUGGAGCAGUGUAACAUUCAGGAGUGUCCCUGCAAGAGCAAACCCUCGAUCCUCAAUGUGAAUGCCAUGGUCCUGGCCAACCUGUGUGUCUCCUACAUCCUGACAUCCCAGAAUGAGGAGGCUGAAGAGCUGAUGAGGAAGAUCGAGAAAGAGGAGGAGCAGAUCUCCUACGACGACCCCGACAAGAAGGUCUUCCACCUCUGCAUCGUCAACCUGGUCAUCGGGACGCUGUACUGCGCCAAAGGGAACUACGACUUCGGGAUCUCUCGCGUCAUCAAGAGCCUGGAGCCCUACAACAAGAAGCUGGGGACAGACACGUGGUUCUACGCCAAGCACUGCUUCCUGUCUCUGCUGGAGAACAUGUCCAAGCACAUGGUCAUGCUGCGGGACGCCGUGGUGCAGGAGUGCAUCCAGUUCCUGGAGCACUGCGAGGCGUACGGCAAGGAGGUCCUGGCCACCAUCGAGCAGCCUCUGGAGGAGACCCACGUCCACAUCGGCAAGAACACCGUCACCUACGAGGCGCGGCUGCUCAAGGCGCUGUUCUACGAGGUCAUCGGCUGGAAUAAAUGACGUCAUCACGGGGCGACGUUUGGACUUGAGAGACGGUCAACGCACGUGAUAAGGUCUGCUGUGCAGGACCGGCUGUUGGCCACACACACACACACCGGGGGAAGCUUUUAUUUUGAAAUGGCUCCGGGAGCUCUUACAUAAUCGUUUGUGUUGUUUGAUGUGCAGGAAUACUACCUCGUGUUCUCUUAUAGAGGGAUGACGCGCGUCAAUACAGCCGACUCAGCAGUUUUUCUGGUGGUUUAUUCUUCUAAUAUGAAACACAUGAUCAUAUUUUGUAUGCGAGUCCAUCUACAUUCAUAGUUCAUGCAUAUAUCCUCUUUGGUCUUGGUACAGCUGGCCCUCUAUUGGGGAUUUAUAUUCUGUAGAUAAACAUAAGUUAAAGGAAAUAAAGACUUUAUUUAAACCCAG